GGUUGACCUCUGGAAAGUUUCAGUCUCUGUUUGACCGCAGGAGGUUGAAGAUUAAACAAGAUGACGACGACUACUUGGCUAAAUACCACCACAGUUAACACCUCCUUACUAAAUUUCAGCAAUGACGACAACCUGGCUGAUUCCGCUCGCGUAGCCUCUCUUCACGCAAAAUACAUUACAAUUUCCGUUUCCGGUAUACUCUCAAACGUUUUUCUCACCCUUCUUAUUUUUCUUUCCAAGACCCUUCGGAAAACGCCCCUUUUCUGGAACAUCCUUAAUUUAUGUGUAUACGACAGCGUGAUAGUGAUGUUUGUUAUCCCAUUUGGUCUGGACUAUGAACUGGACUGGUCAUGGAGUUACGGCGUGUGGAUAUGUAAGAUGUGGUAUGCUGCCGAUUUCUGGCACAUGUUGAUGUCAGGAAUCGUGCUUUCCUGUAUCUGCAUUGACAGGAUUGUCGCUACGCUACAAACCUUCAUUCCAAUACGAGUACAAGUACUAAGAUUUAUUUCCAUAUGCCUUGUGACAUUUCCGUGGAUUUUCCUGCUGACUGUGUGUAUCCCAUUGCUUGUGGCUUUUGAGAAUACCGAGAGUCAGAUGCCAUCAGAAUGGUGUUUCUUCCAAUUUCACGACAAACACACGAUGACAUUUGCAAUUAUAUCUUUGGCAUUACCGAACAUCCUCUUGGUUGUCACCAGUAUAGUCAUGUUGCUCGUCUACAUUCUAAGGGGAGGUAACUGGAACAAGAUACCGUCCAACCGCGCAGACGCAGAGGAAGUCCGUCUGAAAGCAUCAAUUGCCUUAGUAUGGGUAGUUGUCAUCUGCAGUCUCGUGUGUUGGUUACCAAUCACAUGUCUCGUCUUCUUCAACCUGAUGUUCAGGUCCAAGUGUAGGGAUUUCACGUGGGAGGACUAUACCAACGUGUAUCUGUUACAAGUGAUGACCUCCUCCUUUACAUCUUUCCUCUGGAUCCUCUUACCGGAAAUACGUCACGAAUUGGCGGUGUGGCGUCAUUUUCUAUCCGGAAUUAUAUGUCUAAGAAAUAAAACUCCGGACAAUCUAGUUACGUCUUAUCAAGCAGAGACAUACGAUGAAACAGAAAUUCAAGAUAAUACAAACUAGACAAAAAACAGAAAAAAGAAGUAGAUUUCUAAAAAGACUGUAAUGUGUAAUGUUUGUUAAUGGAAUACCAAGCAUCGGAAUGCUUGACUAUCAUAACAAAAAUCAACAAAGCUAAGCAAAACAAGAAAACUGGAGAUAAUUGAGUUCAAAACUAUUUUUGUGCUGAUUACACUUAAUUACAAACAUCACUAGGAAAGCCGCUAUUUUGAAAGAAGAGAAAUUUCACCAGAUCCACAGUCAAUGAUUUUUCUUAAUAGACGAAUAUGAAAAAUAAAUACAGAACUCGAGUUCAAUAAUAGAACGUAAUGGAAAUACAUCAUCGUAAUCUUUCUCAAUGGUUUGUAUACAAUGUAUGUGUCCGUCUUUAAACAAACAUCCUUGAAAUUGUUGUUGAAGACCGCAUUCGAUAAAUUCACGAUUUCUUUUCGUGAUGAAAGCCUCCAUUAUCAUUACUAAUUGAGCAGACUGUUACUAGCGUUAAGUGCGUUUUAAACAAACUGUCCAGACAGAGGAAUUCUAUUUGUAAUGAGUAACGCUUAUACUGUAGGGAAUUCUUGAUAUUUUUAGUUAUUCACAACAAUAUGUUACUGCAGUUUCCCUGUGUACGUAUGACGUCACCGUAGCUAAAACCGUGUCCAUGUACUCUCUAGUUAUAGGUGUGUGUUUAGUUACGGUUGGUCUACAUAUAUGUAAAGGUAAAGUCAGAUUAAUGGAAGGCGAGGAAAAUAACUUUUAUUUUAGCGAGAAACACCAACAUCAUCACUUAGCGAAAUCACACGGACUAUAAAUAUAUAUACUUCA